AUGGAAAUCACUUGGCACUUGCAGGGCCUUCGAGAUCCAGCCUGGCGCCGAGCCGAGGCCACCAAGAUGCGCGAAUUCAACCAGGAGUUGGUCGACAGCUCGGACGGCUACUUGGCACCAGUUCCUGCAGCACCUCAAUUUGCCACGGUGAGCUCCAGCCACACGCUCCAGGUGCUGAGGUGCAUCCAGAACGGCACUAAAGGCAUGGCUGAUGAGUUCACGACCGACGAGGGCCGCAUCUCGCGCGACAAGGUGCUUGAGGUCUCGAGGGGCACGCAGGAGCCAAUACAGCUUGGUUUGGAAUGGACGGUAUUCCGCUGGCAGCUUGAGGAGCGCGUCCCAGGUCUUGCGGACUUUAUGCAAACAGCUUGCAACAUCGGACAUGGCUCCGAGAGGGUGCAGUCGAAAGUGCAGACGUUGAUGCAAAUAUCGAAGAUGGGCCUCAACAACUGCAAGAAGCUCGGUGAUGCGAAAUGGGAUGCCGUGACGCGCGUGAUUGAGCGGACGCGCCCUUGGUUGAGGGGCUCAGUGGAUGCUAUGUGCGCCUACGUCGAGCAAUACAGUGGAGGUACUCCCCCGUGCUACUUACUGGAACUGGCUGCGUUCGUGAAGACGCUGGGCGAGAACUACCGUGACGUGUCUGCGCACACGUUUUCUUGUCUCGCAGCCGCCCCCUUCCUGGAUGACCCUGAGUGGAUCACGGACUGUCUCAAGGCCAGCCUCAGCUGCCCAGAGAACUUCAUGCGCGACGGCCAGUCUCGCGCGUGGACGGGUGCUGGCAUGCAAGAGCUGCAGGGCGGCAAGAUCCGAGUGCAAGCGCUUGCGGGUGUUGCACAGGAUCGCGCAUGCAAGACAUUCCUCCUCGAGACGUGCGGCAUGGCACACCCUGCCAAGCAGCACGCUGUGGCCAAACUGAUUGGGGGCAUGGACGUUCGUAUGGUGAUGAUGGCCCACGGCAAGAAGGCCAAGGCGGGGACGAGGAAGACGUUCAAGAGCAUGUCUGAGAUUGCAGCCCAAUUCAUGAAGGACGUGAUUAAGAUAGAUCCUGCAGCGAUCGAGUUCGACCCUCCCGUCGAGAUCACCACGCAGCAGGCUGAGCCGCAGGUGGGCGACAGCAUCGCGCAGUACAACUCGGGCAGGCUGAGCGACACCAUCAUGUCGAAGCUCGGUUUCGAGGUCGGCUCGAAGGUGACGCUCAAGAGCUCCGAAGACGGCAAGGGGGAGAUCAUGGUCAUCGAAGCCGCUGCGUCUGGACAGGUCACCCUGAAGCGCGAGAAUGGCACGGGCAAGGGCAAGGACGAUGCCAUCACGCUCUCCACGAACGCCCUCGUCGAUCAAUACAAGCUUGUGAUCAAGAAGGAUGUGCUCACGUACAAGGUGUCCUCUGUCCAGCAGCAUCCAGACUCCAUCACGAUGAACACCAAGGCCGCCGUCACUCUUGCGCUCUCGAGCGCACACUCCGAGGCUGGUGAGGGGGGCCAAGUCGAGAUUCGGUCUGAUGGGAAAGAGCACUGGGUCGUGGCAUCGGAACGUAGUAAUAAGGGCAAGCUCCAGCUCGUGCCAUUCACCACCAGCAUUUCGAUCGGCACUAAGGCGCCGCCUAAGUCUGUAAGCGUGAACGUCUCGACAGUUGAGGGUCUCUCCUGCGGCACGAGCGUGUUUUUGAGCCCCCGCGUAGAUCUGCCUGACAAUGCUAAGACCGGACACUUUCGAGUGCCGUAUUGGUGCGUCAGGUCCAGUCCUGAUUCGGAUGAGGUCAACAUGGUCCCUGGGACCAUGAAGCAGGCUGUACAGGGCGAAGUAAUUCAGAUUCCCACCCUCGUCAACUGCAAAGCGAUCCCUGAGGGCGGUGAGCUGGUCCGCAAAGGCGCUGACCCCAAGGCCCCAAAGCGCCUUGCAGCGGAGCAGCCCCAGGGGUCGAAGAGGCAGAAGGCGUAG